AAAAUUCAUAGUCAGAAGAGUUACUAUUUCAAUAAAUUUUUCAAAUUUAUUUUAGGGAGACUGUCAUCCAGAUCCCACAUAAAGUUCCAGCAAAUGUUGCUCUACGCAAUUCCCAGUCUGCGGUCGUAUUUUCAAACCUCCGAGUUUACUACUGCCAUGAAGUCGCUUCUCAUAAAACCAUUUGCCGGAAUCAUACAUUUAGUCUGCACUUAAAUGGCCAAUUUUGCUAUUAUUUGCAUUACCAACCGCGCUAGAGUGCGGACGUGUUUUGCUUCGGCUCUUGCUUUUUGACUUGAAGAUGAAACCAAAGACGAUAUCUACGCGCCAAUUGAUAAGUAUUAUGUCAAUUUAUUUCUUUAGCUUUCGGUGCUAAUAUUGCACCCUCAUCAGAAUUAUAAAAAAUCUGUAUAUUAGCACAGAUUUAUAUAUGUGUGUUUAACGCAAAUUAAGCUGCGGCACCAUGGAUUGUCCAUCUUAUUAUACACACAUAUAUGUCUCCGCAACUUGGUCAAAUUGGCGGUAUGUUUACCCUGUUUCUUAUGGGAGUAGCACGUAAUAAUUGUAAAUCUUCCGGCAACUUACUUACUACUUGCUUUUUGGUUUGUUAGUGGUUUUUAAUAUGGACUCUUGCGGAAAGUGUGGCAAAUCAUUUGCGCGAAAUGAUACUUUAAUUGUGCCGUGCAGUGGUUUUUGUCAAAAACAAUUUCACCGUACUUGCUGUGUGGGCCAAAUAUCAGAAUAUGAUGACAGGCUAUUUAACCAGAAUAAGCAUAUCUGCUAUCUUUGCCCUGAGUGUUUGUUAUUGCCUGCAAAAUUAACAAGGUCUUUGGAGUCUUUCAUGGCUACGCAUAAAAAUGGCUUAGACUCUAUUGUAACCACAAUAAUGGGCCAAUUUGGUGAAAUUCAAAAAGAAAUACAUAAUAAAUCUAAAAAACUGUGAACACAACAAAAAUGUUUCAUCAUGUUUAAAAACUUUAUGUACAGAAUUCGGUUCCCUAAAGGAUGUUGUUGCUAAUUCUAAAUCAACUGCUAAGAUGAACAACAACAAGAAAAAGUUAAACCGUUUUCCUGACCUACGGAGAGCGAUGCCACCAACCUCGGCUAUGGAAAAUGUUUCACACUCUCAAACUGACAUGGUUGCUAAAUCGUCGGUUCUGUCAUUGGCUGAACCUUCGGCUUUUGAGAGUUCUGCGAUUGUUAACAAUGCACCCUCACUUACUCCAGCUGAGGCGGAUAAUAAUGAUACUUCGGAUGCUUUGCCGUCGGUUUCUCAACAAAUGCGAACUGCAUUAUCAGCUAAUAUGAUAACAGCAAACAAUGCUUCUUCAUCUUCUCCUGCUGACGUGAAUAAUGUCACUUCUGUCGCUGUGUCAUCAGCUUCUAAACAAAUGCCGACUGCGUUAUCAACUGCAUUGGCUACGGUUACUAAAACAUCUUCACCUUCCACUGCUGUUGUAAAUGCUACUCACAAUGCUUUGCCAUCUGCAUCUAAACAACUGCCAACUGCUUCGUCAGAUAUAUUAAAUGCUUCUACCCAGCCGCAACUCGGGGCUGAUUGGAUUACUGUGCCGCGAAAGAAAGUGCCCAAGCGGAGAAAUGUCGUGGUUGGCCGUAAUGAAAAUAAUGAUCUGGGAGUAUUUUCGCGUUUUAAGUGGCUCCAUUUAUCAUCGUUCAAGCCAACGGUUUCGGAAGUCGAUAUUAUUAAUUACGUGUCGAAUCAAGUCAUCGUUGAUAAGCAACAAAUUGCCUGCUAUAAACUGGUAAAGAAGGAUACAAAUGAGACAGCCCUUAAAUAUAUCAACUUCAAAUUGGGAGUUCCUGAACAUGUAUAUUUUAAUUUGCUGAAGCCAGAAAUCUGGCCAACAAAUGUUAAUAUUCGACAGUUCCGUUUUUUUCAAAAACAGGGAGGGCAACUGCCCCCGGCAUAGUUGCUUCUCCCAGGCCGAACAAGCACAUUAAACUCUAUUUUGAAAACGCCUCUGGACUCCGGACUAAGGCCGAUACUGUCCGAAUGCUAAGUGCGCACUUGGAGUAUGAUAUUUUUGUUAUCGUUGAGACUUGGCUCAAUGCAAAUUUUUUCGAUGCGGAGUUUUUCGACCCGAAUCAGUACGAUGUCUUUCGUAAAGACAGAGAUCCCAUUAAAACCGGAUGUAGCCGAGGUGGGGGAGUUUUGAUUGUGGCCCGUACUAAUCUCCAAGCUUCGUUUCUACCUCUUCAAAAUGAAGACACUAUCAUCGAUCAACUUUGUGUUCGUGUCAGUGGUUCCCUUGGAUUGCUGUAUAUUUGCGCCUCUUAUAUACCUCCACUUAGCUGUGCUAACUUAUACAUGUCGCAUGUUGACAAUGUGUUAGCUAUUCAUCGUAAUAUUGGGGACAACCAAC